GUUGUGCCAGUGCUGUACUUCCCUGACCGAAUACCAGUGACUUCAUCUUUUUGAAUCGAUCUGCCGUAAUGGAGGAGUCGGAGUUGCUGGCUGCGCAGCCGGCGGCACAGCAGCAACCACAACCGUCUGCCAUUAAUGUGAUGUGCGUUGACGUUCGGGAGCUGCUGCUGCGUGCGGCCGCAGAUACAGCGCGCGCCUCUAGUAUGCCAGCGCAACUGAAGACAAACGUACCGACGUCGUCUUCAGCGCGACUGCCCUCUGUAAAGCAACAGGGGCAGAUGAACUCUGCAUGUUCUGCAGAUACAGCGGCUGAAUCUGCUUUCUGGGUCCCAGGAAGUAGCGCGGACGGCGCUUGUUGUGGUCCGCCACCGCUCUCUCCGGCAGAUCCAACCAUCCUGCGCGCAAUUUUGGAGCGUCCACCGCCGAGUGCCACUGGUGCUGCUGGCGCCGGUGGUGAGGAAGCGGCAACGACGCAGCGAGGUGGAUGGCCCGUUCGGCUCCCUCCAGCAACAAAGGCGGCGCGCUCUCACGCAAUGCGAGGACAAAUGCUUUCUUCUUCCUCUUCAUAUCAGCGAGAGACGCCACAGCGAGUGUCUCGCAAUGCUGCGCAUCCACGCCAGAGCUGCACAAGUGUCUCUACCUUUUCUACACAAUCGCGUGAGAAGGCACACGCGGAGCCGGAGGAGGCGUAUCAAACGACCAGUGGAGUCACCCCGCCGUCUUUUGUUCCGCGCACCACAUUCAUGGAGGAGAGCGACAGAGCAGAGCUGUCACCGGUCGCACAGCAGGCGCUCAGCAACGUGCUCCGUCGACUACACACACACGCAGCUCAGGUACUAGGAGGCCGCCAGCGGACCGAUGAAGUGGCAAACAACAGCCGUAGGGAGACGACCAUCACGACGUACUCUGCGCCACCACCGCCGCCGGUUGUUUCACCAGAGCUGAAGAAGUGGUCGACGACUUCGAGUCAAAAAUCUGGAGGGCUCUUCCCCAACUCCACCCUCCUGCGGCAACAAAACAACGAGGCGCAUGCCAGUGGCUCUGCACCCCCGACAAUGGAUGAUUCGUAUCGGCGCAAUCCACCGCCUCCUCGGUCUGCUGCGCAGGACACGAGCAUCUCCUUCGGUGAGAUUCCUGUGCAGCAGACCUUGUCAACAUGUAACACGGGGGAAAAAUUACCAUCAGCCUUGCAACAACACAUUGGCGCACCAGCUGCCAUCGCGUUGUAUGGUGCAGCGAAGGAAGAAAGCGCGCCUCCACGUCGCACCGUACCGCCAGCUUUCCGUCGUCAGCUGCAAUACUCGGAGGCUGCACCGACAACACGUCGGCCGAAGCGCAAGUGA